AUGGAGCUGAGCUCCGGACAGCGUGUUGCUGUCUAUCGUUACAUUGCCUAUGUAGCGGUGACGUUCUCCGUAGUGACCGUACUCACCGUCUGCGUCAGUCUCCCAAUGGUUUACAACUACAUCUACCAUAUGAAGAGAUCAGUGAACAUGGACGUCAGCUUUUGCAAGGGGGCAGCGAAAGAUAUUUGGAACGAGGUAGAGCGGAUUAUGAACUCCCCACCAGCGCUCAAUCGAACAAUCCGAUCCUAUGGCGUUGGUGGUGGUGGUUAUGGCGCACCUGGCGGUUCCUAUGGCGUGGGUGGAGGUGGAAAGAUGGGACCACCAGGGCCGCCUGGUGGGGAAGGGGAGGGCGGUGGUUACGGUGCUCCACCUCCGGGACCCCCUAUCCCUGGUCCACCUGGACCACCCGGCCCGCCUGGCCCACCUGGACCACCAGGAAAAUCGGGUGCAUCUUUGGGAGGAGGCACACCCGGUCCAAAAGGUCCUCCAGGACCGGAAGGACCUCCUGGGCCACCAGGCAAUCCCGGACCUCCUGGACCACCGGGACCGAGUGGAAAAGGUGGAGAACGCGGAAUAUGUCCAAAAAAGACGAAGCGAUGGAUGGUAGAACGUCUGAUGUUCGAUCUUGCUCUUGUAUACACAGAGCUCCAGAAGGCAAUGUUCAGCUCAAAGAGGGAAGCUUGGUCUUUGAAAGUAAAGGUGUUUCUCACUUCGUCGUGGAUGAGCUGUACAGCACUUCAUUCCCAUUUCCUCUCUGGCUUACUGACUGUCUACUUUGCGAUAGUUGUUUUCCUGCUUAGCACGGAUUUCUACGAUUUCCGGCCGAAGCAUCCAAAGGCAAUCAAUUACGGUGCCACGGCUAGCGAUUUUGAUUUGGAGGGUUUCAAGGUCAUGACAUCGAUCAUCGUUCAUGUCCUAUGCGCAAUGUUGUUGGUAGUGAGUUUACUGGCUGCUAACAUCAGAAGAUGCUACAAAGUUCUCCCUCCAUUGGUAAUCAUCGUCGUUCUUUACUUCAACUUAAUGUUCAAUCUUGCUGGUGGUUUGUGCCUUUGGAUGCACAAAGCACCAAAUUUUCCAGAAGGACAUUCCAAUGCGAUUCGAUCAACAGCGAUCAUCUCAACAUUCGCCGCUCUGUGUACCGUGCUUCUUAUAGCAUUCUACUGCUUGAAUGUUAUGAAAAAUCCAACAUGGGUCGAGCCAUCCAAGCAUGAACCGUUGAUUAUGGCAAAAUCACGUGAAAGUUCCAAACCACUCACAAAAAGCUCCACAUCAGAACAUCUCGAAAAAAAGACUGGAAAGCAGUCGCUACCUAUGGAUCCUACACAGCCACUCACUCCUCAAGCACGUCCUACCAAGCUUACAGCAUCACCCAAUUACCUACCCUUAGCUCCUGCACCACGGCUUGACGCGACUCCACCUGCUGGCGAGGACGAAGUGAAAGGAAGCAAGGAAAAGGAAGAUGACGCUGUGAAAAUGAAGGAGAAGGCGACGGGACGAGAGCAUGACACUCAAAGCACGCAGGAAUUUACUCAAGCCACGCCUAAUAAAGCUUCGCCAGAUAAGGAAAAGCAUGGUAGUUUUGAACUAUGGCAUUAG